CAGCUGUGACUGACAAAAAUGGGGAACAUUAGGGUUUUGUGUUAGAAUUUUAUAUGAUAAUUGUCGUUAAUUUUCGCAAAUCUAUCCAUUUCAACUACUACUAGACACUUUUCCAUUAAUCGCUUUACUUCAUAAAUUCAUCUGUAGUUAUGUUCUUGAUGUCUCUGUGAAUUAUAUCUCUCUCCCAAUCAUCGAUUCAUCACUCAAAAGCUUCAAUUCCAGUAUCAAUUCUACACGGUUGCUGCCUGGAAGAGAUCUGCCAUCAAUGAGGAAGGGAGGCUUCAGCAACAACCUCAACCUCAAGCUCAAUCUCCCUCAAGAUGACCAAUCCAUAGCGAAGUUCCUAACGCAGAGCGGCACGUUUAAGGAUGGCGAUCUGCUCGUAAACAGAGAUGGGGUUCGGAUUGUUUCCAAGAGUGAAGUUGAAGCACCACCUCCGAUUAAGCCUACCGAUGAUCAGCUGAGUUUAGCGGACAUAGACAUAAUUAAAGUCAUUGGAAAAGGAAAUGGUGGAACCGUGCAAUUAGUUCAGCACAAAUGGACUGCUCAGUUUUUUGCAUUGAAGGUAAUUCAGAUGAAAAUUGAGGAGUCUCACCGCAAGCAGAUUGCACAAGAAUUGAAAAUCAAUCAAUCAGCGCAGUGCCCUUAUAUAGUUGUCUGUUACCAAUCUUUCUAUGAUAAUGGCUCUAUAUAUAUCAUCCUAGAGUACAUGGAUGGAGGUUCUUUAGCAGAUUUCUUGAAAAAGGUUAAACAAGUUCAAGAACCAUAUCUUGCUGCCCUUUGUAAGCAGGUGCUGAAGGGGUUGUCAUACCUUCACCAUGAACGACACAUCAUUCAUCGGGACUUAAAGCCUUCUAAUUUAUUAAUAAAUCAUAGAGGGGAAGUCAAGAUUACUGACUUUGGUGUCAGUGCGAUUAUGGCAAGCACAUAUGGAGAGGCUAAUACUUUUGUUGGCACGUAUAACUAUAUGUCUCCAGAGAGAAUUAUUGGAGAAAAAUAUGAUAAUAAAAGUGACAUUUGGAGCUUGGGCCUGAUAUUUCUCGAGUGUGCAACCGGAAAAUUUCCUUAUUCCCCACCAGAGCAAGAGGGAGGAUGGGUUAAUUUUUAUGAGCUUAUGGAAGCCAUUGUUGAGGGCGAACCUCCUUCUGCUCCGGCUGACCAAUUUACUCCCAACUUCUGUUCGUUCAUUUCUGCAUGUGUGCAAAAGGACCCAAGGGAUAGACUGUCAGCACGUGAACUUUUGGAACAUCCUUUCAUCAAGAUGUAUGAAGAUACAGAUAUUGACCUGUCAUCUUACUUCAAUGAUGCAGGGUCUCCACUUGCAACUUUCUAAAUUUUAUCUGUUGAUCAUUCUGGCUCAUACACGGGAAUCUCAAUUGUUUGCUGAUUUCAAGGCUUGCAAGGAUGAACAAGGAAUCCGCCCCCAUCUCACUUUCUCAUGAAUGCUGUUUGUUUUACUUCAGUUUGCUUCUUAAUGAAAGAGGUGUUUCAAUCUAAACGGGAUGAUAGUUGCUCCUUUGCUGGUCACAAUUUAGAUGGUUCUGAUCCUUCUUGUGGAUGGUUCAGAAUGAUACCGUGAUAUUAUGUCGUGUCAAGAGAUUUCAAAUCGUGGCCUCUUGUUGUAACAUUUUGUAAUCCAAUUCUACCACUCCCCAUGUAAAAUUUGAAGCAUAAAAGAAAAUAAAUACUUGUUAUGACAGCAGAGGCAGUGUGAAUGAUUUUUAGUCCUAA